CAAUUCAAUGUGGGACACUUCAAUAGUGAGAAUCGAGUAUGAGUUUAUUGAAUUUGUAGCCAAUGAUAGUUGUUAACCUUAUAAAAACUCACAAAAACAAAGGUAAAAAGUAUUGCCCUUGAUGGUAAAAUUUAACGGCCGUUCUUAUCCUCAUCCACACAAAACCCACGAAAAAUAGAAAUUGCAGCUUCAAACUCAAUCCCCAACUCCGCCACACCUACAAUGGCGUUAUCUCCCGCGCUAUUGCACUCCACGGCGUCGGCAUUUCAUGGCCAGUUCUCCGUCCGGCUUCCGUCCGUCAACUUCUCCGGUGUUCGCUCCGGCGGUCUCUCCGUCAAGGCGUCGUCGGUCGUCCUGGUCGAGAAAACCGAAGCCGAGAAAGUCAACCGGCUCAAGACCACUUACAUCGAGAAAAUUGUGCCGUUGCUCAAAGAAGAGUUCAAUUACACCAAUGUUCAUCAGGUCCCCAAAGUCCAAAAGAUUGUGGUGAACUGUGGAAUUGGAGAGGCUGCCCAAAAUGCGAAGGGUUUGGAUGCAGCUAUGAAUGAUUUGGCACUUAUUACUGGGCAAAGGCCGAUCAAGACAAGAGCAAAGAAGGCCAUUGCCACAUUUAAGAUUAGAGAAGGACAACCCCUUGGGAUCGCUUGCACCCUAAGAGGCAGUGUGAUGUACUCUUUUCUUGAUCGGCUCAUCAACUUGGGACUUCCUAGGACGCGUGAUUUUCAAGGGGUGAGCGCCAAUAGCUUUGAUGGAAAUGGCAACUACAGCAUUGGCUUCCGCGAGCAGACUGUGUUCCCAGAGCUCAGUUUCGACCUACUUGGCAAGCCGAGGGGAAUGGAUGUUUGCAUUGAGACAACAGCUAACACGGACAAAGAAGCUCACAGAUUGCUGGCUCUCAUGGGAAUGCCUUUUAGAGAAGGUGCUGGUGGCGGCGGUGCUCCAACCAUAAUGCGCAAGAAGAAGCUCAAGGCUCAUCACUUUGACUCGAAAUCGAAAGCAAGGUCAAAGCAGAAGACCAAGAAGAGAUAAGAACUCUUUUCUUGUUCUUGAACUUUUUUGUAUUUAUGUUAGAAACGAUGAUGAUUUUGAGUUUCUGGUUGGAAAUUCAUGUUGUUGUUUUUUGUUCUUGUGAAGUCAACUGAUUCUUGAUAUUUCGUAAUUAUAUUCUGAUGUGAUAUUUUCCGACA